UGGAAUCAUAUUGCCGUAGUAUUGUUGAAAAAUGCGCGCAGGUCCGUCGCGCAGCGGUGAGUCAAAGCUAUCGCAGGAUUAUGCAAUAUAAAACGCCUCUCGAUAAUCUUCGACAAACUUCGUGCGAUACCGUGUACUCUCUUAAUCAUACCGUCGGAUCGCCCACACGUAAUUCAGCGCGCGAACGAAUCAAUAUCGCUAGAGCGCGAGCGAGAGCGACUGCGCGAAAAAAAGGCACGAUGAUGUUAAUUAUAUAUUGCUUAAUUACCUGUACCAAAGCAGCGCGCGCGCGAUGACGGUGUAAUCUAUCAAUGUUAACGCCGGCGGGCACGUACGUACAUACUCCUGGCGACCUCGCGCACCACAAAAGCCGUGACCUCAAAUGCACCGGCACGGAACCUCCCGCAUUCAUGACGUAACGUCUGUGAAAAAGUGUUGGCGAUGUUUCAAUUAUCUCGGCGCUCCGGCGCUUUAUUGAUCGAUGAAGACAUGACAAAUCACCGGGUGAAUUUAAUACUCGCGUAUAUCUUUCUAUCUCUCUCUCUCUCUAUCUCGUCUACGCAGGAGAGAAAGAGAGAGAAGCGUCUCGAGGACGCGCGUCGUGCAGAUCUCUUACACGUGUUGUGCGCACAUCACGCGGACCCGUGUGAGCGCAAAUAAUAACAAGCAAAGAUUUAUUCGCACGACGGUAAGGCGGAGAAGUUAACCCUUAAAUGCAUGAAUUUUUGUUAUUACAGAAUUUUUUUUUUUAAGUUCAUAGGUAGUCCCAGAAAAUGAGAAAAAUAUUUUUAAAAAUGCGAGGCAUUUGUUGAACAUUGCCUUUGUGCCUUUUGGAUCGUACAUUUCGUUCUAAGGAAGAAUUUGGUCUUCCACGUUUAGAUGUGCCUUUGAUCUCGACAAAGAGGAAAAAUAAAUAUGUUGCAACACUAUGCAUUUAAGGGUUAAUGCGCUUAUUAACGAAUCGAUUGCCAAUCUAAUCGCUUGCGAGACAAUGAGCGAGCGAACAGCUCGAGAAGAACAAGCUCGGCUUAACACAGCGAGAUUUGAAUGCGUCACGAAUUCCGUUAACUGUAUAUCCCGUGUCUGCUGGCUCCAUGUGUUGCCUAUGCUUAUCAUCGGACGUUGUUAUCAUGCCGAUACAAAUAUCUAGCCCGUUAGCGGAUACCGUUACUGUUCCGUUUGACACGAGCCACGAAACCACACGGUACUGUCCCGCGGAAAGUGUAACAAUCCUGACGAUCUGUUCGAUUCUUCGAGAACUCGAGUGUGCCUUCGCGUUCGUGCACGCUCGUUCGCGAAGACCGUUUUUUUCCGAUGCGGCGAUUUUUCCGGGAACGAAUCAAAUGGGCGCUUAAUUGCAAGUCACUUUGCGAUAAAUUGACCGUAAUAGAGACCGAAGUGGUGUAUGAUGUCACCGAAGUGUAGCAAAGGAGGGUCAUGAUAAAUGUAUCGCGCGAAGACGAAAGAGGGCUCCGUCCGGCUCCCGACGAACUUCCACACCGGCGUUAAUGAAUCAGAAGUGAGUGUGCGAUCGGUGUGGGCGUUCUCGCGCGGGAAACGCACGGAGUGACCGGAAGCUCCAGGUGGAAGAUUCGAAGGACGUCUCUCCGAGGAUUCAGUGGUGCGUUUCGAUCGAAGAUUCGUUUCGAGGCGCAGAACGCGAAGCGAACGUCACAAAAUAGUGCAUAAAAUACGGGCAAACAAUAGAGGGAAAAAUUCUUCUUCUCCUUCACGAAAACAGGAAACAACGACCUCAGGACAGAACAGCGAACCGGCCGUGCACCAGUUACCUCGUUCGCCGUUAACUUUACGCUUCGAAGCCAAAUAAACCGGAGAAAGAGAGAAGUUCCAGUACGGAUCGUCGCCGCUCGUGCGGGGAAAGAGGAGCGAUCGGCGACGCUAUUUGCAACGGAAUGCCGUAAUUGGUUAUGCCUCCGACGCGAUGCAUGGGCCGAUCAGUCGGGCGCUCGUAGCGACGAAUCUACGGACAUGAUAAUACACCGUGUGCACACCGUGUCGGACGACGAUGAUGCGCCAGGUCGCUGCUCUUGUCCCACAUAUUUACGAUGACAUCAGCCGCGAUUAACCGCCGCAAGAAACACGGGGAGCGCGUCCACGAGGAGGAGCAGCGACUGCAGCAGCAACAUCACCGGCACAAUGAACAAGAAAUUGUACUUCUUCAUCGGCCUGAUCGCGGUAUCGAUCCUGAUGUUCUGCCUCUACCUCUUGAGUUUCUACGACGUGGAGAUUCCGAACACGUACCACAAGACGUACAUGAUCCGCGAUACCGAUCUCGACGGCGACAACGCGACCGACUGGCCCGACGAGAGGAUCGAGCGGGCGAGAGAGUACCAGAGGGCAGGCGUGAAGACGAUCCUCCUGUGGAACACAUUAUUCGGCGAUCGGAACUUCUAUUUCGGCGAGGGCGAUAUCUUCCGCAAUUGUUCCGUCGACAAGUGCAAGAUCUUCAAUGACCACGACCACCUGCACGUGGAGGACUACGACGCCGUACUCUUCCACGGGAACGAGCUGAGCGCGUACGAGGUGCCGCUGAUGCGACGCAGGCAGCAGUUUUACGUGUACGUUAACCUGGAGAGCCCGGCCAACAGGGCGGUGCCCUACAAGUACUACGAGAACUACUUCAACCUCACGAUGACGUAUCGGCUCGACAGUGACAUACUCUGGUCUUACGACAACAUUGAAGACGCGAAAACCGGCGACCUGCUGGCGCCCGCCGAGAAUCCCGACUGGGGUGUUUAUCAAAACGGUGUAGGGGAAGCGGUGGACGAGACGAUAUUGGACGUCGUCAGGGGGAAGAGCAAGCCGGUAAUUUGGUUUGUAAGCAAUUGCAACGCCAAAAGUGGCCGGCUGAAGUACGUGGAGGAGCUGGAGAAGCACAUAGGCGUCGACAUCUACGGCAAGUGCGGCUCGCACAGCUGCUCGAAGAACCAGGACUGCUUUCGCGACGUCGUCGAGCCCAACUACUUUUUCUACCUGUCCUUCGAGAAUUCCUUCUGCAACGAUUACGUGACCGAGAAGCUGAUGAACCCGCUCAGGUACAAUGUCGUACCGGUGGUUUACGGGGGCGCCAACUACAGUCGGUUCGCACCGCCGAAUUCCUACGUGAAUGCCCUGGACUUCGAGAGUCCGAAGGAGCUCGCCGCGUACUUGAAAUAUCUCUCUCAGGAUCUGCGGCGGUAUCAGAGCUUCCUACAAUGGAAGAAGUAUUAUCGAGUCGGGCAGGGGACGAAACGUGCGGUCUGUGCGCUCUGCGAGACGCUGCAUAAGCGGAAAAGUCCCAAGUUUUACACGGCCCUGUCGCAUUGGUACGCGAAGGACAAAUGUCCGAUACAGACACUGCUGAGUAACGCCAAAGACGUUUACGCGACGAAAUUAACGCUGAUUGGUCGCGGGAAAUGACGCACGGAUUACGUUUCUGAGGAGUUACCGAGAAGCGUGCGCCGAUCGGAUACCGAGGUGUCGGCUGUCAUAAUUAUUCCGUAUUGCGCGAUUAAAGGUAUGGUAUACACGCACGAGAGGAGUGAGAUCGUGGGCCAUUUUCGAUGCUGCUGCACUGUAAAUCUAAGCGUGUUGUUUUUACACGCGCACAGGGAAAGAGGUUUCUUUAGAUUUAGUGUUCCUAUUUAUUUCACGAAAAUUUGUUUCACCGAAACAAUAUAUAUUUGAGCCGUUUAUUUUGAAAGUGACCUAGGUCCAUUUAUAUUCAAAUUGAGAUAUUCCAGAGUUUGCGUUUCAAUAAAAUUAAAAAUAUACGUAUAGGAUACCAAUGUGUGUCACACUGCUUAAGUGUAUCUAAGAGAGUUAAAUUUACAAUUCCUAUUAAAAUAAUAGCAAUUAUUAAGUGAAUAAUAUGUGUUUUCUUACCACAAAUGGAGUUAAGUCACUUUCAAAAUUAACAACUAGAUUUGUUAUAAAAUUUGAAAAAGCCCAAGUCCAUUCGACAUAAUUUGAAAUGCUUCAAAUUGAAAAAACAAUACUCAAUUUAUUUUAUAUUCCUUUACAACACUUUAAAAGCACAAUUUAUGCAAUUCAGGAAAUCUUCUAAGUAUAUAAAUUACAUAGUUUUGCUUAAUAAAUUAAGCAAUAAUAAAUUACUGCUCAUCUACAUUUUGUGUAUGCAGGAGGGAUUUGAAGAAGUCAUGGUGCUCCGGUAGUAUAUAUCGUAAUAAGUCCGUCAUGUCCUUGUAUUUCGCUGUUGUAAUUCGUCUUAUAUUUUUAUAAAGUGGUGUCAAUACAAUAUUUUCAAAUUUCCUUGGUCUACUCCGACGUGGUAAUAAAUCCAAGACUUUAAACUCUGCAUUCUCAUCCAUUGACAUCUUAUAGAAAAUUUUAUAUGGUUCAUUUCUCAAAAAACGCAUUCAGCAUAUUUUUAACCAAUUUAUUGUUUCUCCGUUAGAAUUCUUCACCCUUUUAAAAGCUACGUCCUUCAAAAAUCUUGUUGAUAUGAAAUCCUCUUGUUUCACUUCAUUUAGAAUAAAGUUAUUACCUUUCCGGCACUUUUUGAUAACAUUAUAAUAAACUUGAGGGACAAACAGUAAAUUAUUUUUCUUUAAUGACAUUUCUACGACGCACUUUCGGACAUUAUCAAUAAUGGGUUGGACUUAAGCUACUUUCAAAGUAACGUUUUUAAUUAUCGAAAUAACUGCGAAAAUUUAUGUGCCAAAAAUUAUCGUAUACUCUGAAUAUAUUUAACCGCAAAAUAUUGUUUAUGACAGCUAACUUCAAGUUGUACACGUUACUACAGUCAACAAAAAAAAUUGACAAAUGGACUUAGGCCACUUUCAAAAUAAAUGGCUCAUUUGUACGAAAUAUUAUUUGCCUGAGUAAAAAUUUUACUGUCUCUUUCCAGAAAAUUCCAUUAUUUCAUAGAAAGAACGUUAUUAUUUGAAAUGAAUACAAAGGCAAUACAUGCAUUCAUGGCAAUACAUAGCUGUUCAAAGCAUCAGGGAAAUUAUUGUUAAAAGCAACGAAAAAAAAAAAUUAUAUAUAUAUCUAGAUACAAAUUUGUAUGUGCCUAUAUUUCUUCGUAUACGUAUACGUACGUGUGUGUGUAUAAGGGAAAACAAGCCGACUCACCUGUGAUCACUUAGUCUGCAAUAAUUCGAGCAUUCCUGAGACUAUAAUAACGUAAGUGAUUACGUAACUUCGACGUCUGAUUUAUGCACCGAUGAUGGGUCAUUAGACCGAGGAUAGCAGAUCGAUGUAUUGACUACUCGCUUGAUUAGUUAAGAUCAAAGUAGCUAAGUUCCGUCACGCCGACACUACUGCAUCGUGCUCCACGAGUUCGAGGCAGGUCGGUGUGCGUGAUAUACACAGCAAUCAUGCGGUGCGGUGUUCACAAAGGAAAAUGGCUUUCUAAGAUCGUGCAUUAAAUACCAUCGAAUUAACCGAAGGGGUGUUUAACGUUACGACCCAACGAACGCGCUUAUCCGCGCAUAAAAGACUGACGCGUUGGCCCUGACACGUUACCGAAGUUGGGAGGAUUCGCCGACGAAUAGGGAAAUUUCUCACGAUACAUUCGUACUUUUGCGCGUUAGUGCCUUUCGCUUCUACGUAUAUGGUAUAUAAAUAAUAAUAGAGGUACGGAUAAUAAAUUACAUAGUACAAUCAUCGUAUGGACAGUUAAUGGGACAAGAAGGAGGUACAAUUAAGUGAGAAGCAUGUAUACGUAUAUAAUGAAUAGUGUGUAACGCAAACAGAGAAGAAAAUAUUUAUCACUGCGCUGCUACUUGCCGUCCGCGACUAAUUCAAAUGCCUGUUGUCUGUAUACUUUCACAGUAUUUUUUAUAGUAUAUUCUAAUCGUCUACCUCAGGAAAAGCGGCGAUCCGAAGAUAACGAGACCCUCGAGACGAGCGCCGUUUCUAUUCAAGAUUUAACGAAGCGAUUUUGAAAGACGGAUAGGUGAUAUGUAAGCGUAAGUUAAGAGAUUUUGUAAGUUUUGUACAAACCUCACACGUGAAAUGUUACUUAACGGUAAACAGUAUUAAGGUUGAAAUGAGGAACCCGAUGAGGAGGUUAAUAUUUAAUCUAGUUAGAACUGAACAUCGCGCGCGAAUCGCAGACCGCGCGCAGUUUGCGACGCAGAUAAUGUAAUUGCUGCACGCGCGUACACAAAUAACAAAUGGAAAGUCAUAUACUUAUCCGCAAUAACCAUAACUAAUUCCUGCUCUUAAACGCGCAAUAUUUAAGCUAAUGAGCUGCGAAGCAAAUUUGCGUUCGAUCUUGUUCGGCUACGACACACAGGUAAAUUGUAUCGCAUUUUUACAAACCGGUUUACACAGGCAUUGCAUUUGUGUAAGACACCGACACCAUUUUUGUGUUUCAUUAGUUCGUAGUGUUUCUAAUGUUAAAUAAAUUGCAUAUAAUAACCAC